AGCAGGGGUUCCGUUGUCUGACAAGCUUUACUUGCUUUUCCAGAUGUGUAUACGCCUUUCACAAUACAUCAUAGGAUGCACCCUCAGUUUGUUUCUAGUCGGACAGAUAAGGGACGGAAACCAAACAGCCACGUAGUGAAAGGCGAAGCUCCGAAAGAGUGUUGUCUGUGUUCAGAAGUGUUCCUGGACACUGACAUGCACCCAGCCAGCCUGCCUCCUCAGAAGAUGGCCCUGUGAGAAGUUCUCUCCAAACCCACACCAGCAGUAUUGUCACUGUUCAGUUUCUAAAUGGAAAAGGAUACUAACGAACCAGGAGCAACUCAGAUGGAGGCUAAUGCUUAUCAAGAAGCCCAUGUGAUAAAAUCCAAAGAGGGUGAUGCCCAUACUGUGCAAGAUGAAACACAAUUGAAGCAACAAGGGCAGGAGAACACACAAAAUGCAAAAGGGGAUACACAUAAUGGUCCUGUCAGUUCAGAUGUGAUGCCAAACGGAGACGGACUGGCAGAAGGCUUCGGUUCUGCAGGGGAGACCCACAUAAAUGGGUCCCUGGCUCCUACAGCCCCUCCCCAGAGCACCAGCUCCCCUGUCAACUCCAAGAUCCACGAGCCCUCCGCAGGUGUGGCUUCUUAUCCACCCAUGAUGCUAGAGAAGUCUGAGGGGGCUAGUGCUGAGGUCACGGUUCACACGGGUGAUUCAUUGCAGUCACUCAGACUCAGUAUGCCUAUGCAGGAGACUGAAUUGUCCAACCCAAAGCCAUCACUGGAGAUGGAAAAUGAGGAGAAGAUUCGCCUGGAGGCUCGCCGGCGUCUGGAGGAGCAACUCAAACAGUAUAGAGUGCAGAGACACAAGGAGAGGUCCCAUCGCACCACACCCAAGAUCAGGCCGUUCAGCACCCUUGAUCCAGAGCUCAUGCUGCAUCCCGAGGCUCUGCCCAGGGCCAACACUCUUGCCAUGACCAAGGAGUAUUCCUUCCUCAGAACCAGUGUCCCCCGUGGUCCCAAACUGGGUAGCCUGGGGCUUCCCCCUCCCAGGGAGAGAAAAUCCAGAUCACCCCGUCCGAGCAAGAUCCACUCUUUGGCUGACUACAAGUCUCCUGAGAAUGAUGGUGGAGGUGGAGGUGGAGGUGGAGUAACAACGGCAGACAACACCAUGAGCUCCCUCCAGUCCACCAUCAGCUCAGUGUCCACUUUGUCUGAGGUCAGUCUGAUGUCUGAGGGUAACACCUGUGAAACAGAGGCACAGCCUGGUGCUUUGCACCAGGUCGGGGACAAUGUCUCAGAAAUUGACGGCAGCGAAUCAGGAACGAGGCCAGGGAACGACGGCAAUGACAGCGACAGCUCAUCUUACAGCAGCGCGUCUACCAGAGGCACAUACGGCAUGCUCUCUGCAGCAGUGGAGAGGCAGCGAGGGCCCUACACAGUGGAAGGGAGGGAGAUAGCCCCAGAGGCAAUGGGUCAGUUCCCCUCCCUGCAGGAGGUGUUGCAGGCCGCCAGUGAGGAGCAACACCUGCUGGAGCUGGAGCAGGAGAGAGAAGGGACGGCAGAGCCUCGCAGCCGAAGGGACAGUUUCUCCAGCAGUGUUUCUUUGGAGAGUUCAGUAAUGGGCCACGAUGAAAUGCUGCAGGUGUUGAAAGAGAAAAUGAGACUGGAGGGUCAACUAGAGUCUUUGUCAUCUGAGGCUAAUCAGGCUCUCAAGGAGAAGACAGAGCUUCAGGCCCAGCUCGCUGCAGUGAAUGCUCAGCUGCAGGCCAAGAAGGAGGAGGCGCAGUUCAGCCAGGAUAAGCAGAGUGCCCUCACAACCGAGGUGGGCACGCUGCGGCAGAACUGCAGCAGGCUAGAGAAGGCCAUGGUGGAACUCCAGGGUAGUCUGGAGAGCAAGAAUGCCAGUCUGUCUUCUCUUAGCAAUGACCUGAAGGUGGCUGAAGACCAGUACAACAGGCUGAUGGGGAAGGUGGAGGAGAUGCAAAACACUGUAGCCUCAAGGGACAAUACAGUUCAGGAUUUGCGUCAGCAGAUGGGUGGUCUUCAGAGCCAGCUUCAGCAGGUCCAGCUGGAGCGCAGCACCCUGCAAAACCGAUUGAAGACAUCCCAGGCUGAAAUCGAUUCACUCCAGCAGGUCAGACAGUGGUACCAGCAGCAGCUAGCCCUGGCACAGGAGGCAAGAGUACGACUGCAAAGCGAAAUGGCUAACAUGCAGGCUGGACAGAUGACUCAGAUUGGUGUCGUGGAACAUCUGAAGCUGGAGAAUGUGACUCUGUCACACCAACUCACCGAGACCCAACAUCGUUCCAUCAAAGACAAAGAGCGCAUUGCUGUUCAGCUGCAGAGCAUUGAGGCCGACAUGCUGACCCAGGAAGCUAAUUACAAGCAGAUCCAGGAUGCAAAAUCCAUGGUGGAAGACGAUCUGCAGCACAAACUGGAGGAGUUUGAGGAAGAGCGAGAGCGGUUAUUAAAAUUGGCCAACACAGCCAGCACACUGGAAAGGGAACUAGAGCAGGUGAGGUUGACUCUUUCCCAGAAGGACGCGCAGCUACAGUCACUCCAGAAAGAGCAUCUGGAGUUGAUGCGCCAGCUGACUAGCACUCAGGAGAACCUGCACACCAAAGAGCAGACCAUCAACCAGCUAGAGGCCCGCUACCUAGAGCUUGAGGCCCAGCUGGUCGAGCUGCAGACAGAGAGCAGCGCCAAGGACGAUAAUGUCCAGUACCUCCAGAAUGAAAAGAUUGUCCUGGAGGUAGCGCUGCAGGCAGCCCGGGCUGACAAGAGCCAACUUGACGAGAAUGCUGAACGGCUUGGAGAAGAUGUUCUGGUGGCUUCAGAUGUCUUGGAUCAGCUAAGACAAGAAGUCCAGGUCAAAGCCAAUCAGAUUGAAACUCUUCAACAGGAAAAUAGCUCCCUCAAAAAACAAGCUCAGAAAUUAAAAGAGCAGUUCCAGCAACAAAAGGUGAUGGUGGAAGCCUACCGUCGGGAUGCCAGCUCCAAAGAUCAGUUGAUCAGUGAGCUCAAGUCCACCAAAAAGCGUCUGUUGUCGGAGGUCAAGGACUUGAAACAGGAGUUGCUGGCCAUUCAGGGGGAGAAGCAAAACGUGGAGCUAGAGCAGGCCCGGCUUCAGAAGGAGGUGGUCAGAGUCCAGGAGCAGAUGAGCAACAUGGAGGCCCAUCUGCAGGCCAUUCAGACAGAGAGGGAUCAGCUUGAAACCCAGAUCCAGACUCUACAGUUUGAUCGAAGCCAGUUAGCAGCUGUAACAGAAGAGAACGAAGGCCUAAGGAAACAGGUGGAGCAGUUGGAGGGAGAAGCCAAAAAGGCCAUCUCAGAGCAGAAGGUGCGUGUGAAACGGCUGGGGACUGAUUUGACCAGUGCUCAGAAGGAGAUGAAGGCCAAACACAAGGCCUAUGAGAAUGCUGUGGGCAUCCUGAGCAGGAGGCUCCAAGAGGCUCUGACUGACAAGGAGACGGCCGAGGCAGAGCUGGUCAAACUUAAGGCCCAGGUGUCAGAUGGGGGAAACAGCCAGGCCUUACAGGAGAAGAUUAAGACUCUGCAGGCUGAGCUGCAGGUUGUGAGCAAAAGUAAGACCAUGCUAGAGAAGGAGCUGCAGGAGGUGAUCACCCUCACUUCCACAGAGCUAGAGGAGUACCAGGAGAAGGUCAUGGAGCUUGAGGAUGAGCUUCAAGAGUCUCGAUGCUUUAAGAAGCGGAUUCGAAAGUUAGAAGAUGCCAACAAGAAGCUCGCGCUUGAGCUGGAACAUGAAAAAGGGAAAUUGGCUGGAUUAGCACAGUCCCACAAUACACUGCGGGAGCAUUCCAACAUUUUGGAGACUGCCUUAGCUAAGAGAGAGGCAGAUCUUGUCCAACUUAACUUGCAGGUUCAAGCUGUUCUGAAGCGUAAGGAGGAGGAGGACCAGCAAAUGAAGCAGGUGGUGCAAACUCUGCAGCUAGCCUUAGAGAAAGAGAAAACCAAAGUCAAGGACUUGAAGGAACAGGUGGCAGCAGCAAAGGCUGAAGCAGCCCACAAUAGACGGCACUACAGGGCGGCCAUGCUGGAGCUGUCAGAGAUCAAGAAGGACCUACAGGCCAAAGAGGACCUGGUCAAAGUGCUACAGAGUGAAGCCCACAAACUACAGGCUCAGGAUGAGCAGCACUCUCAGGAGGUUUCCAGGUUUCAAGAGGAGCUGUCUGAGGCCCACUCACAGCUCCAGAUCCUCCAGAAACAACUGGACGAGGAACUGGCAAAGCAACCCCUCACUAACCAAGAGGUUGAGGACUUGAAGUGGGAGCUGGAGCAGAAGCAGAGGGAGCUGGAGGCUCAGAAGCAGCAGCUGGAGAUGAUGGAGCAGUGUCACCACAGGGAGCUGGACAACCUACAGAGAGCUCUGCAGAACAUCAAGGUGGAGCUGGAGUCAGUGCAGGAGGACCUGAACAGCACCAGGAAGGACAAGUUCAUGCUGCAGGCCAAAGUGGGUGAGCUGAGGAACAGCAUGAAGACGGUCCUUCUGCAGAACCAGCAACUUAAACAGGACCUCAAACAGAGCCGCAUAAGGAAGCAGCGCAUGGAGCUGAAGAGUGAAGGGAACCCAUCCAACCCAGUGACGCCAGUUAAGAUCCCAGACUGCCCAGUGCCUGCCACCCUAUUGGAUGAAUUGCUGAAACCAUCAACUUCUGUCAAUAAAGAGCCCCUCAACAACCUGCACAACUGUCUGCGGCAGCUCAAGGAGGAGAUGGACAGCCUCCAAAGGCAGAUGGAGGAACACACAGUAACAGUACAUGAGUCGAUGAGCUCACUGACGAACACAGAGGAGGAACUGGCUCAACUGGAUCUUCAGAACAACAUCUCCAAGUCAUCAACGCCACUUGACAACAUGGUGGUGGAAAAUAACAAUGAAGCAGAACAGCAGCAAUCAUAACAGAAGAACUUUUCUCAGGCCAAUAGAGGGAGCGUGGAGUUUUAUCCACAAAGGCACUUUUCAGCCCCUUAUUCCCUGUAUCUUUUCUUAACAAUUGCUGCCAACAUUUGGCAUUUUCCCAUCAGCACAGAAGUGCUUUCACAGAGUAAUACUUUGUAUACCAUGGCUUUAUUCUUUCCACUUUAUUUGACGGUUGUUUAUAUUUUUUGUUAUGCUAUUGUCAAAUUUAUUUAUUUUUAGUUAAGAAAUAACAACUUAUCUGACAGCCUCUCCAAGAGCCCCACCCUCUCCACCCCCCUCAGUUGUUAUAGAUACAAGUACGGUGUAGUUGUUGUUCUGUUGGGCCAGUUUUCCCCAUCUGAGUCAGCAGUUUUCCUCACUAAAAAGGAUUCAGUCAUCCACCUCCUCGUAAUAGGAAGUCAGUGUCUUUGAUGCUGCUUGAUAACGGCUGACAUUAUUUCAGAAAGUUUUUUUUGGCGACAGAAAUAUACUAGACUGGCUAUGAACUGUUCUUCCAUUUCUUUGUGCCUGUGUAUGAGUGAAGUGUCUCAUCUAUGAUUUUAACUGGCAUGGUUACACAUCCACGUGGUUUCCAAGCUGUUAUCGAUGAAUCAUCAUCUCUCCUUUUCAUGAUGUCAAAAGUCAUGCACAAUUGCGGUCAGUUUCUUUUGUAUUGCCUUGUUAAAAUGCAGUGUUUUCUUACAUUUGUUGUAACCAUAUCACCUUGGGUUCCAAAACUCUAAAAACAUUAAUUUCAGUUAUGUAUGGAGGUGUUCUGUCUAGCAUGGACUGCAGUAAUUUGUACUAAAAAAAAGCCUUAAGCAAACUUUGAUAUGCUGUAAAGGACUAAGGUGGUGUGAAUGAACGUAUUAUGCUUAGGGUGUGUGCGAGAUGUAAUGUUAUAUUGUAUAUGUGUGCAAAUCCUUACUGAAGAAUGGUUUAUUGUAAAAUAAGUGGGUCACAUCAACUGACAUCGCACACUAGAUGAUCAAAACUGACAGAGAAAGUUGUAGGAUGUUACUUCUUCUAACAGCAGGUGCAAUCAGAUGUGUUCACUUUCUGUUACAUUCGGUACAUACUGUAUUUACAAAAAAAAAAAAAUGACUACCCCUGAAUCAGAUUCUCUAUUUGUUUUAUGGGGAAUAGUUAAUUGUUUCCAGAGUUUAAUAUAUGAAAACACUUCCUUUUUGUAUGAUUGUAAAGUCAUCUUGAUUAUUUAAUAGUGGAACGAAGAUGAAAUGCAAGACUUCAAACCAUAACUCAGAGCAGAUGGUAAUUCUGAUGCACUAACAUGUCAGUGUAGAGGGGUCAUUGAGGUGGUACAGCAGCUUUCUGCAUGCAACUCUGCGGCAGCUGCUCAUUCCCAUACUAAAAAAACAACAACUUUAUUUUAACACCAUUGUAUGCUCAACAAUAUCCAAAGGGACAAUACAUCGUUUGAGGUGAAUGCUUAUUGAGGCAAAUAACAAAUAUAUUGAUAUACUAUACUGAAAAAAUAUUUUGGACUGUAUCUUCCAAACUACCUUAAA